AUGCAGUGUGAGCCAGCUAUGGAAAAGCAAAACAAAACAUACAUUACAGAAUUCGUCCUCCUGGGAUUUGGUGAUUUACCUGACCUUCAGGUUCCUCUCUUUCUGCUCUUCCUGGAGAUCCACAUGGUGACAAUGAUGGUGAACAUUCUCAUCCUCAUGUUGGUGGUGGCUUAUCAGCAUCUCCACACCCCAGCAUACUUCUUCCUCAGUAACUUGUGCUGCUUGGAAAUGUGCUAUGCCUCCACCAUCCUGCCCAAGCUGCUGGUUAGCUUCCUGAUAGGUGACAGAAGUAUUUCCUACAGCGCCUGCAUGACACAGUUUUACAUAUUUGCUUUUCUAGUUGGGGUAGAGUAUUACCUCCUGACAGUGAUGUCUUAUGAUCAAUACUUAGCAGUGUGCAAACCUCUACAUUACAUUACCUUAAUGAGUCAUAAGCUUUGCAUAGCACUAGCUGCAGGGGCCUGGGUAAGUGGUUUUAUGAUCAAAUUUGUUACCACACUGUUGAUGUCACAAAUGGUGUACUGUGAUCAUGGUGAAAUGGACCAUUUCAUCAGUGAUUUCGCCUCUGUGAUAAAAUGCUCCUACAGUGACACAUUUCUGAUAGAAGUUUUGACAUCUUUGAUGUCUUUCACAU